GCUCUCUCUCCGCGUCUCAAUUAUUUGGGUUUUUUUUGGCAGCAAGAAAGUUUGUUACUUAUUCCCUCUCUCUCACUUCACACCAAUUGUGCCCCAAUCAAUUUGCCCAAGUGGUGUUUGUGCUUUUUUUGCUCUCAAACUGUCGGGUUGUUCGUUCAUAGCUGCUUUUUUUGGUUUUCUUGUUUCGUUCUGAACGUACUAUUCUACUUCCUAGUGCUUUUCCUGUUUUCAGCUAAUGUAAAUUGGAGGCUAUAUAUGUUUCUUUUCGAGUGCUCUGUAUACUAAUUAUGUAAAGUGUCAAGAACCCGUUUUCCUUCACUCGUCCUUCUCUUUCUGUGAUUCUGAAUUGGAUUGAGCUACUGUUCUGCCAUUUCCGAAUCAUGGGAGGCUGUUCGCGCUAAUCCUUGAAGUUAUCUGUGAAUGUGCGGUUGUGUUGAAUCUGGUCUGAAGUACUGAGAUUAGGGCGUAUAAUAUUAAAAUGGGUUCUCGCUAAAUCAUUGAUUGGGACCUUCUUCCUUCAUCUUGAACCCCUUUUGUUCGUAUACUUAAUUUCGAACUAUGUAACUGGAAUCUAGGCUGCCCAUUUUCUGCAAUUUGUUUUUUUCCAUUUUCGUAGAAAAUUGAUGAAAACUGGUGUCAUGGAGCAAGUCCACCGCUAGUUGGUAUAUUCGAUUCAGUACAUAGUUGUGGCUCUGUUAGUUUCCUUUACUUAAUCUAACAAUUCUUUUGGGGUCAAUGGAAUUCAAGUAGAUAGAGAAGUUUUGCUCAAGAGUCUAGUUGAUUGCUAUUCGAUUCUUUUAUAAAAUUCUUUCUUUAGUGAAUAUCCAUUGACAUGUAAAGCUCUUUAACUCAGUGUUGAAUUUCAUGGACUUUGUUGAAGGUUAACUAUACAUACAUAAUAUAUGGAUUUUCUAAACUUUCUAUAUGUGUUUCCCCUCUCAAAUAUUUCAUCAAUAACCACGUAAGUAUUGUCUUCUUGCCCAAAUCUUCUUAUUCUGUCAGUUAUGUAGUUAGUAGUCGUAUGGUACCUCUCAAGCCCCUUUCAACUGUAUCAAAUUUAGUGUAAAUCCCAGUGACCUCAUCAGCUCCUAUAAAAGGGGAACACAAAGAAUCCCAAGAAUAUCUUGUUAAGUAAAGAAAAAAGAACAUGGAAGAAACAUUUGUACCCUUCCGCGGAAUCAAGAAUGAUCUAAAAAGAAGAAUGCUAUGCUAUAAGCAAGACUGGACAGGGGGAAUCAGUGCUGGCAUCAGGAUCUUGGCUCCAACAACAUAUAUAUUCUUUGCAUCGGCAAUCCCAGUCAUAUCUUUUGGGGAGCAGCUAGAAAGAAAUACCGAUGGAAUUAUAACUGCAGUCCAGACUCUUGCAUCAACAGCACUUUGCGGUGUGGUCCACUCAAUUUUUGGCGGACAGCCGCUCCUGAUUCUAGGGGUUGCAGAACCAACUGUGUUGAUGUAUACUUUCAUGUUCAACUUUGCAAAGGAUCGAAGUGAUUUGGGCCCCACUUUAUUUCUAGCUUGGACUGGAUGGGUGUGCGUAUGGACAGCUUUUUUACUCUUCUUGCUAGCAAUAUUGGGAGCAUGUUCUAUAAUAAACCGAUUCACACGCAUUGCUGGUGAGUUAUUUGGACUUCUGAUAGCAAUGCUCUUUAUGCAGCAAGCAAUUAAGGGUCUUGUGGAAGAGUUCAGAACACCGGCAAGAGAAAACCCUAAACAGGACGCGUUCUCACCUUCGUGGCGCUUUGGAAAUGGAAUGUUUGCACUGGUUUUAUCUUUUGGCCUUCUUUUUACUUCAUUGAAUAGCCGCAAAGCAAGGUCCUGGCGCUAUGGGACAGGUUGGGUCAGGGGAUUUAUUGCUGACUAUGGUGUGCCCUUUAUGGUGCUUGUUUGGACUGCUCUAUCUUACAUACCAGUUCAUGAUGUGCCCCAAGGAAUACCACGACGGCUAUUCAGCCCAAAUCCGUGGUCUCCUGGUGCUUAUGCAAAUUGGACUGUUAUAAAGGAGAUGGUGCAUGUGCCUCCACUGUAUAUUAUCGGAGCAUUUAUUCCAGCAACAAUGAUUGCAGUCCUCUACUACUUUGAUCACAGUGUUGCUUCUCAACUCGCCCAACAAAAGGAGUUCAACCUUAGGAAACCUUCUUCAUAUCACUAUGACCUCCUGAUUUUGGGCUUCUUGGUGAUAAUAUGUGGUCUUAUUGGAAUCCCCCCUUCCAAUGGAGUCAUCCCACAAUCUCCCAUGCAUACGAAAAGCUUGGCUACUUUGAAACAUCAGCUUUUGCGGAAUAAGCUCGCAUCUACUGCUAGAAAAAGCAUAAAACAAAAUGCAAACCUUGGGCAAUUAUAUGGGAGCAUGCAACAGGCUUAUAAUGAAAUGCAAACUCCACUUGUCUACCAAACUCCUCCUGGACUGGGAUUGAAGGAACUCAAAGACUCUACAAUUGAACAGGCAUCGAGCACUGGGUACAUUGGUGCUCCUGUAGAUGAGACAAUUUUCGAUGUGGACAAGGAUAUUGACGAACUUUUGCCAUUAGAAGUAAAAGAACAGCGUGUUAGCAACCUGCUUCAGUCAUUGAUGGUUGGUGGCUGUGUUGCAGCUAUGCCUAUUUUGAAAAAGAUUCCAACAUCGCUACUCUGGGGAUACUUUGCAUUCAUGGCUAUCGAAAGCUUGCCUGGAAAUCAGUUUUGGGAGAGGAUAUUGUUGCUUUUCACGACCCCAAGUCGACGAUACAUGGUCUUGGAGGAUAAUCAUGCCUUAUUUGUGGAAACGGUGCCUUUCAAGACAAUUGCAUUUUUCACCUUGUUUCAGACAGUUUAUCUGCUUCUCUGUUUCGGCAUAACAUGGAUCCCGAUUGCUGGUGUCCUUUUCCCAAUGUUGAUCAUGCUUCUAAUCCCAGUCCGCCAGUACUUCCUACCUAGGUUCUUCAAAGGGGACCAUCUACAUGAUCUUGAUGCUGCUGAAUAUGAGGAAGCCCCUCCCAUGCCCUACAAUAUGUCCUUCAAUGAUAAUGCUGGUACUCCGAACAGGCCUAUCCAUGUCGAUAGUGGUGAAUAUCUGGACCAGAUGAUAACAAGAAGUCAUGGUGAGAUCCGACAUAUAUCCAGCCCAAAAGUAACUAGUUCAACCCCUACUUCAGUAGAUGAGAUUAAGUCUGUAAACAGCCCACAGUUAAGGCAUCGGGCAUACAGCCCAAGAGUGAAAGAACUAAGAGCAGAGAGGAGCCCAGCAAUGACUGGGAAAGGACAACCAAGCCCCGGGCCAUCUAAACUAGGCGGUCGCGACAAUCUUGGUAACUCUUCCACCUAGUGAUGAAGAGCUUUAACUAUUCAGGUGGUGUUGAAGGUGUAUGAAUGGUGGUCGAGGGGUCAGUUAAUAGUUGUGUAUGGAUGGUGGUUCUUGAGAGGUUGUGUAUGAUUGUCGUUUUUUAAAUUCUUCCCGGCAUUGCUGUUGUGCAUAGUUUGCUGGUUUGUGUCUACCAUAUGGUUUGGGCAGAAGACAAUGCUUUUAUCAUUAAGAAACUUGUGUGAAUAAGUCUGGAUAUUCUUCUGAAUAAAAAGGAAAUUAAGUGAAUAGAUGCUACUACAACCUUUGAUUUAUUUAAACUUAUUGCAAUCUUUGUCAAA